CCAAGUUCCAGGGUCAAGUCCCCGAGAAACCCCAGGCCCAGUCUUCAGCCUGGACUCUCAGAUCCUAAGAGCCUUGGACCAGCUGAACCUUCAGACCGGGCACCUCCAUACGUGGACAUCACUGGGCCCUCACACUGGGGAGAUGCAGGUCGCAGUCUCAGCGCCUCAGCAAUGGGUCCUGCCAGUUCUAAGCCCUUAGUUCGAGGUCCUUCCAGUCCUAGAACCUCGGCACUAGUUGGGCCAGAGAAUCUUUGCUGACCCACACCUACUCUGGGGAUCUCACUUACGCCCAUUCUUCUAGUUCUAGAACGUGAACGCGUUAUCUUUCCAGCCCUAAAAUGUUAGCACCACGAAUCCUCUUAGACCUAGAGCCUUUACCUCCACGGCAGGUACACUCCCAGAGCCUUAGCUACCGAGGGCCUUCCAGUCCUAAAAAGCUUAGUGCGGGGCCACCAGGUGGCAUAGGAUUCGUUGCUGGACUUCCACAUGACUGGCCACGGUUCCAGUCCCGGACCUGGCGGGUUGAAAAACAUACUGGGUUCCUACCAUGCCUGCCCCAAGUGCCCAGAGGAGAAUGGACUAGAAGGGAUUGAGGCAAGGCCACCUGCCCUAGGGGGUCAUUUCCCACUUUCCCUCUCACUGUCUCUCUCUUUCCUGAGUGCAUGCACCCUACGGCGAAAACCUUAAAAAAAAACAAAUCUCAGUGCCACCCACCCUUCCAGACCCAGAACCUAUUUGCACACUGACUCCCAGUCCAAAACCUGAGCACGACUCACCAUCUUCUUAACUCAGCACCAUGGGCCCAAAUAGUCCAGGAACCUAAGUUAGAGACUUUGACACGCUUCUAGAAUCUAGGCUGCUUGCCCUCCUGGAAGCCCAGCCCUACUGACCAUUCCCAUCCGGUGAGCAUUAGCACUGUUGACCCUUAGAUUCUAGAAUUUUAUUUAUUAGUUGUGAUUUUCAACUGGGCCUGGGACUCAAACAGCAGUCAGCCCUGUGGAAAUCCAGCCCCUUCACCACCACGCCAUCUGCUGGCCUGAAUUCUAAAAUCUUUACUGGGCUCUCUCUGUUCAUCCUAAGGCAUUGUUAGCACUGCUGACUUUUUCAAACUUAGAACUGCAGAAUGUAUUAUUUUUUCAACCCUAAACGUAGUGCCAAAGAGCCUUUGGGUUCCGAACCCUAGUCUGGCCGCCCUUUGCAGCCUAGAACAUUGGCACUGUGACCCCGCCGGCUUUAGGACUUCCGUGCUGUUGACCCCUUGAAUUCUGCAGCCUUAGCGUGCAGAGCCUGAGCACCGAUGAUCCUCCGGGCCCUAAGAUCUCAGCACUAGUGAGCUUCUGAAUCCUGAAACAUUCUUGUGGCCAGGGGCUGGAAUGUGGUGAUUAGCCACAACUGGGUCACCUCUCCACUCCGGGGAAGAGGGAGUUGGUCACAGUCAAGCCACAUGUCAGAGAGUGGAGGGGGGUGGGUGGCUGCUUGGACAAAGCCAGAAUGCUGCCCCCAGAGGAAUAGGGGGUAACAGUUACCAACUUCUCCUGCAUAGACCUCAUUUGGGGUGCAUAAUAAUGACAUGUGCAUGCCACCCGGGAGAGAUAGAGGUAGGAUAGGGAGUGGCAGGACAUGGGUUAGGUCCGAUGUGUAGGGAGAUGGUGUUUCUGAUCCGAGGGUGCCAUAGAUAAAGGUCAGGGCAUGCGCGGGGUCGCUGGGAGGCGUGGGGUGGGCAGUGAUGGUAUCCCACCGCCCAGAAGGUGAGGGCUGGACUGAGCUAGGUGAGGUGGCAGCUGAGGAGCAGAGGUGGGAGGGAGCUUCUGUUUGGAGAGGCUGAGCAUGGGCGAGGUUGCAUGUCAGAUCAUCAAGCCUGAACUUGACCCCUGCAAGUCUUGCCCGGACACCAUCCAUCAGGGCGCUGACUCAGAGCGGGAGCCAGGGGAGCAGCCAUUCCACAGGCUUCCUCUGAGGGAUGAGCAAAGCUGGCCCAGAGGGAGGAAGGGAGUGGCCCUGGGGCUGUGAGGGUCUGGGGAUGGGUCCGCCUGUCCAGCCCCACCUCUCACCAACCUCCCUGUCUCUUAUCCCCCACCCCCAGGGAGGUCCUAGGUCUGGUGGACAUGGUUGCCCUGGAGAACGGGGAGCUGGGGCCCCUUCUUUCCCCUGGCACCCUGCGGGGGUUGGAGGAUGAAUGUGUCACAGACGUGAAGGCUCAGACGCGGGCAGCCCUUCUUCGGGUCCUGCAGGAGGACGAGGAGCACUGGGGAGGCGUGGAGGAUCAGCCCAGCAGCCUGGCGCAGGACGUGUGCGAGCUGCUGGAAGAGCACACAGAGAGGGCGCCCCGCAUCAGCCAGGAGUUCGGGGAGCGGAUGGCCCACUGCUGCCUGGGCGGGCUGGCCGAGUUCCUGCAGAGCUUCCAGCAGCGCGUUGAGCGAUUCCACGAGAACCCAGGAGUCCGGGAGCUGCCCCCUGACACCUACAUCAGCAGGACCAUCGCCCUAGUCAACUGUGGGCCCCCCCUGAGGGCUCUGGCUGAGCGCCUGGCCAGGGUGGGGCCCCCUGAAAGCGAGCCUGCCCGGGAGGCUUCGGCCUGCGCUCUGGACCGCGUGACCCAGCUCUGCCACCGCGUCUUGGCUGACCUGCUGUUCCAGGAGCUGCAGCCGCACUUCGGCAAGCUGAUGCGCAGGAAGUGGCUGAGCAGCUCGGAGGCCCUGGACGGCAUCGUGGGCACGCUGGGCGCCCAGGCCCUGGCGCUGCGCAGGAUGCAGGACGAACCUUACCAGGCGCUGGUGGCGGAGCUGCACCGACGGGCGCUGGUCGAGUACGUGCGGACAAGUUCCAGAUCACCUCUGGCCACAGCCUGCCCUCUGCCUCAUUUUACAGAGGGAAACGCUGAGGCGGGGCGGGGCAAGAGCGGGCGGGGUGGGGUGCGGUUUGGGGAGGCAGCAGUCGGGGCACAGUGUGAGCCCGGGCUUCCCCUGCAGGAGUCCCAGGCCUCGUGGCUAGACGCCGUGGUGCCCCAUUUGGCCGAAGUCCUGCAGCUGGAAGACACGCCCAGCAUCCAGGUGGAGGUGGGCGUGCUGGUGCGCGACUACCCAGACAUCAGGCGGAAGCAUGUGGCCGCCCUCCUGGACAUCCGGGGCCUGCGCAACACAGCCGCCCGCCAGGGGCUCCUGGCCGUGGCCCGGGACCUGGAACUCUCUGAAGGGGGCGCCCUUUCACCCCCACGGGACCGAGCCUUCUUCACAGACAUCGCCGUGCCCCGCUCCUCGUUCUGCCUGGGCCUCCCUCUCUUCCUGGGCCGCCUGCCCCUCUCGCGGCUGCUCCGGUCUCUGCCCCGGCCUCAGCCUCCCUCUCCAGCUCGGCCCCGGGCCCAGCGCUGAGGCUCCCCCAGCCCUUGUCUCAGUGCACCCCAUCUUUGCUGCUGACAGACCUUCUCCUGAACCUGAACGGUCCCCCUCCUGCCUCCCUGCUGGGACCCCUGGGACUGCCAGGGCCUCAGAGAUCUCCCCCAACCCCGAUCUCCCAGGACGGAGGGGAGCAGAGGCCAGGGCCACCGAGACCUGCCAAGGCCACCCGCCUGUUCCCGGCCA